CUUGCCGGUUACCACGGGAACUAUUCGAUGUGCUUAAGUGAUCAUACGCCAAUUGCUUAACACGCGUCUUACUCAAGUCCUUAUAAGUCCAGCAGAGCCUUGCCAAAACACCCACUCGCAUCAUGCACCCACUCAUACACAUCGACUAAUCAACGCUGCUUUCAGGAUGAUGGAGAACGACAACGUUUCCGAAAAACCUAGCCCCCCCAUUCGCUCUGGUUCAUCGAACUCCUCGCCACUCUGGUUUGUUCGCCGAUUCUGGGUCAACCACGAACACAGCUUCCAUGAGGGCACCACAGAACACAACUCCGGUUACAGCAACGAGGCCAGCGACGAGACCAGCACUGAGGUCAGCGACGAGGCCAGCACUGAGGCCAGCGACGAGGCCAGUACCGAGGAGGAUACAUCCGAUCACCUGAGCCUAGCUUCGUUGGAACAUAGGUCGCAACCAACGCUGUCAACACCGUUGCCAACUACAAUCGAAGUCGACGAAGAGUACGAAGAUUCAUCGGAAUCUAAUUGGCAACCUCUGUCAACCACUGCGGAAGGCCGUAAAGAGCCUAUAUCCAGUACGCGCCGAGAGAUGGAGAUUGGCGACAUGGUUGCCGCAGACAACAGAAUUUAUUGACUUUACCCAUAAACAAUCACACGUCAGCACUAGCGGAUAGUGCAAUAUACCAUAUCAAUGAAAAGUGCCUUUUACACUCGCCGGGCAUCCUGUCUUC